UCUUAGGGCUGCAUACACUUUAUUCUCAGGUAUCUGGAACCCAGGGGCCUAGAAGGCAUUCCUCCGGAGAGCAGAGUCCUAGUCUGCAGCGGGCCAGGGUUAUAGCUGCCCUUCGGAUGAAAAGAGAAAGGAAGAAUGGACUACAAUCACCAAACGUCCCUCGUCCCCUGUGGACAAGAUAAAUACAUUUCCAAGAAUGAGCUUCUCCUGCAUCUGAAGACCUACAACCUGUACUACGAAGGCCAGAACUUGCAGCUGCGACACAGAGAGGAAGAAGAUGAGUUCAUUGUGGAGGGGCUGCUGAAUAUCUCCUGGGGGCUACGCCGGCCCAUCCGCCUGCAGAUGCAGGACGACAAUGAACGCAUCCGCCCCCCUCCGUCCUCUUCCUCCUGGCACUCGGGCUGCAACUUGGGGGCACAAGGCACCAUUAUGAAGCCCCUCACCAUGCCUAACAUUCAGAUCUCAGAGGUGGACGCUUCUCCUGAGAGUGAACAGACGCCAAGCCCCACAGUGUUCACACCUGCCUAUGGCUCCGUCACUAACGUCCGCAUCAACAGCACCAUGACCACCCCACAGGUCCUGAAGCUGCUGCUCAACAAGUUUAAGAUAGAGAAUUCAGCGGAGGAGUUUGCUUUGUACGUGGUCCACACCAGUGGUGAGAAACAGAAGCUGAAGACCACUGAUUAUCCCCUGAUUGCCCGAAUCCUCCAGGGCCCAUGUGAGCAGGUCUCCAAAGUGUUCCUGAUGGAGAAGGAUCAGGUGGAGGAAGUCACCUAUGAUGUGGCCCAGUACAUAAAGUUUGAGAUGCCUGUCCUUAAAAGCUUCAUUCAGAAGCUCCAAGAGGAAGAAGAUCGUGAAGUAAAGAAGCUGAUGCGCAAGUACACCGUGCUCCGGCUGAUGAUUCRGCAAAGGCUGGAGGAGAUAGCCGAGACCCCAGCAACGAUCUGAACCAUGAGAACAAGAGGAUCCAGACACCCCAGGGGUUGCCGUUGACUUGAGACGAUCCACAGGAAGCUGGGUUCUUUCCUUCCAUGGAAAUGUUGUCAUGCAGACCUUUGCAGCRCCUGACCAGCCAUUAUCUGCUCCCUGAAGCAGGAUGAAGAAGUCAGAGGACAAGUCCCCAUCCCUGGAUCCCUGCUCUCUUCUCUCUCACUCACAAGACUUUUGUUCUAAGGAGGACCCAAAGUGUGUGUGCGCGCUCACAUGCAUACACAGGAUGCAUGUCCAUGGGCCUCCCUGAUAUUUUCACAUGCAAUUAAAUUCCAAGCCACCAGCACAAGUGCCAUGAGGCUGGCAGAUGAGCUGUUGAUGGGCAGGAAAGUCAGGGGAGUCCCUAUCCCAAGGGCUUUCAGCUAAAGAAGUGAUUUCUCCCCUCUGGUGCCAGGGGGAAGCCACACAUAUCUGCCUGUCUCUGACAGGGGAAGAGUCCCUGGAGCUCACCAUUUGGGGGGUUUACAUGUUAAUAGAGAUUCUCCUUGUUUGUCUAGAAGGAUCUAUGGAUGAGAUCCUUGGAAAUUAAUAAAACAACAGCUUCAUACCUUUGGGGCAAGUCUGAUGGAAAGAAAAAGAUAAACCUUCACAUGGGAUAGAUGCAAUGAGUGUCCGUGAGUUUUUACACUGGAAAUUUUGAUUGUUUUAAAUAACAGAGAUGAAUGUGCAAUGCUGUGUGGAUGCCCGGAAAGAAUGGAUUCUUCCUCCGUGCCACCUCCGUGGCCACCUGUGUCUCUGCUUUCCAAACUGCCAACUCAUCUCUCCGAUGCUUCCUUGUGCUGAAGGAAAGUCUCUUGAAUCAGUGGUCUGUCUGGCGGGCACAUGGCACUGCCUAGUGGGUAUGCCCAGGGCUUGUUUGGAGAUGGUGGCCAGGAAGUUUCCAAGCUCUAUCCUUCAGUCUCAAGAGAAGGGUAGAGGUCACCUGCAGAAAUGACAGGUGCCUUUGCGCCCCACCCAUCUUCACAUCAACGAGUCUUCCUGCACUUGGAGCCGGGCUGUGUGUGUUCGUGGUCAAGACCUUACUCUUCCCAACCUCUGGAUUCUUGCACGUUCCCUCACCUUGGAUGUGGAGAUGGAACCCCAGAGUGAGGACGUGUCCUGCUGYCCACUGAACGUGGUCUCGGGGAAGCUGCCUGGUGAGGGUGCCUAGAGAGGACAGAGCUUCUCUUUCAGCUUCUCAGCAGCCACUGUGCGGAUCUUUAGAGCCAACCUCCCUGGGGGGAAAGAGCAGGGGCAGUGUGUCCCCUGUGACCCCAACGAGGAAGACUGCCAGGCAGCUGGGCACCUGUGUGGCUAAUACUGUUUAUCUGGAGGGAGAGACAGAURUUUGGAGCCAGGUGUUGGGCUAUGGAGAUCAAGCAAGCAAGAUCUGGAACUUCUAACAGAGGCAACUCUGGAAGCUUACAAGGGAAGGGGCGAGCCCAUCUCUUUUCUACCUCCUCUCCCAGGACCGGUUUGGGGAAGGAGAGCCAUGGCUGGUGCCUCCCACAGAAGGUGGGCCUCUGUGGCAGAGCUGUUGUGGCCCUAGGCACCUUCCCAUCCCCCAUCUGCACUCCAGGCCUUCUCUGUGGCCUAUUUAAAAGGCUCACAGCUGUGGUCUCACUAUGGACUUCCAAAAAGAUGGCAUGCUGCCAGCAGGCGCUUUGCAGGUGGUGGUGGGGAUCUCUUAGCAAGUUUACUUCCUCUGCAGGGCCAGCGCCACCAGACCCCUGGGGCAUGUGGUAGAAACCCAGAGGGGCUUAGGCUCAAUCAUACAUUUCUGCAAAGUGCACAGAAUUGGGGGAGGGGGGAAACGGGGAGGGCUUGUGUGUGGCAGUGGGGAGAAGUUUCCUUUGUUACAGAUUCAAAAGAGCAGUUUUGUGAAUGCAAACAGAGAGGUUUGCAUUUGAGAAAGGGAUUUGGAGAAUUUCUCUCCUAGUUAUUUUUUAUCAUGAAUGUUCAAAGCCUUUCGCUGCCCCAAUAAUUCUCCUCUGGGAGCUUGGGGGGUGGGAGAGAAUUUCCACAAAGCUAAUUACUAACCACUAAUUCUUAUAGGACAACUAUUUCUGGUUCAUAAAAGUUCUUUGUAAUUUGUACUAGCACCGCAGAUGAUGAUGGUGUUAAAUAUGGAAAUGUUGCAAAAUGCUAAUUUGACAGGACAACUUGCCGAGAAGGUGAUACCAAGAGUUUUAAAGAUGGGGUUUUGGAAUAGAAGUGGGGGAAAAGUACAUCCUACACCAUCCACUUCCACUAACACACUUUUCUGUUUUGGCUCAUCCUGUAGAGAUGGUUUCUCAUGUAACCUGAUCAAGAAUUUUGGAAACUUGACCGGGAGUGUAGCUCAACCUAGGGCGCAUACUUAGCAUGAAUGAGUCCCUGGGUUCAGCCAGCACCCAAAACAAACAAAUAAAAAAGAACCCAAACAAAAACAGAAUUGUAGAAACCUUUGAAAUAGCAGCCUCAGCACAGUGUGGACCGGAUUUUCUCACUGGUAUCACAUGGCCUUGCUGCUUUGAACUCCUCAACUUAUUUGUGUGGGUUUAUGUAAUUGUGUGCAAUGAACCUGAAAUUGUGUGAAGAACAAAAGGCCAAUGUAUAGGGUUCCCCCCCUCCCCAACUUGUGAAAAGCAGUUAAGCUGCAUCUGGCUUUUUUUUUCUUUUUUCUUUUGGGCAGAGGCUUAUGUUACAAGGUGAUCAAGUGAAGGAAAAACCUGAAUCUGUCUGACUGGGCCGGUGGAAUUAAGCACAAGGUCACAUUCUCGGUGAUCACUUUAGUGGGAAAAUUAAAUGGACGGGUGUUAUUUGGGAAGGGGCUGAAAAGCACAAAUGACAGGCCUGUGCGAGUCAGGGAGGCAUGUGCGCCCUGAUCUUUGGGCUGGGUGGAUUUCAACCUUGAAUUGAGGUUAAGGUAAGAGGGUCUCAGGACAUUAGCCACCCAUUCCUGAGACAAGUGUGGAGGCUGGAGGUCACUGUUUCCUUGAAGACAAGCUGGUUCAGAAGCGUCAGGUGCUUCAAAGGGGAAAUAUUUGCAUCUUCCUCCUUAUAAUGCUCUUCUCAAAACCUCCCCAUAAAGACAUUUUAUCAGCAUAUCCAUGGCAAAUGAUAACCCUCCAAAAUCUGUUCUCCGUGCAAAAACAUCUUGGUGAGAAUUGCUUCCUAUGGAGUUGGGAGACUAUUGCAGUGUCAGGAAACUCUUAAGAAAAAGUCAAGAAACUCUUAAGAAAAGAAAAGCUUUCUUAUUUUUUUGUACCAGGGAUUGAAC